AUCGGCUUUAUAAAAGUGGAGUUUAAGCUGGUAUAGCUAUCAUAAACCAAAAAGAAGAAAUUCACCGAUCGUGACAAGAGAAGAGGAAAGCGAGAAUGAAAGCCAUCAUUGUUGCUCUAACCCUCCUGGCCGUCAUGGUUCUCCUAAUUGAGGGCAAACCCUUGUCUAUCAGGGAGAAGGGCCGAGGUGUGCAGAGACGUUUGGAGAAGCUCAAAGAGAAACUUAUCAGCGAAGAGUGUGAGCAAGUGUGCCCACCAAUGCCUGGUAACAGCACGUCAAAUCUGGAGUGUGCUCGCUGCAUUGCCACAGGAUCUCCUCAACUCUCUGACUUCCUAUCAGCUGUUGCACUAGCUCGCUCUGGCAAGAAUUGCUCAAGCAGGGUGAAGGUUUUCCUAAGAGAAAAAAGACAUCGUCGUAAGAAGUCCAAAAAAAACAAGAAAUCAAAGAGUGGAAAAUCUAAGAGUGACUCUAGUACAGGAUCAGGAGAUGAAAGUAGUGAUAGUAGCCAAUCGGACAGUAGCGAUAGCAGCCAAUCGGACAGUAGCGAUAGUAGCCAAUCGGACAGUAGCGAUAGCAGCCAAUCGGACAGUAGCGAUAGUAGCCAAUCGGACAGUAGCGAUAGUAGCCAAUCGGACAGUAGCGAUAGUAGCCAAUCGGACAGUAGCGAUAGCAGCCAAUCAGACAGUAGCGAUAGUAGCCAAUCAGACAGUGAUGAAGGAUCCGGAGAUAUUUCCCCACUCGUAGAGAAAAGACAAACAGAGGAAGAGGAUGAUAAUCUCGUCAAAAUAUUUGCUUCUCUGAUAGGAGAUUGUCGUGACAAGUGUGGCAACCUCAGUCGAGGGUGUGGAAAGCCUGUGCUGCCUUGUUUGAAGUGCAUCAUCAAAGAGUCUGACAUGGAUGAAACUCUGUAGUGAAUAUCAUUGUCAUUUUCAGCCAUAUACCAUGGUCCAAUUAAAAUUGUGCUUGCAUUUAAUUUCUAACAUAAUUAUAUUCUAUGAACUAAAGGUUUCAUUUACAAUGUAUAGUAAGGAGUUGCAAAUUCUCGAAGAAAAAAAAAUUAAAUUUCAGUGUAA